AGGAGAGACUGUAGAUAAAAAGGAGGAGGAGCUGAAUGUUCCAGAUAUAAAAACUCAGAGAAGUUUGGAGGAAACAUCUUGUUGUUUUUCUGCUGAGAGGAAGAAGAAGGAGAAGAAGAAGAAAGAGAAGAAGAAGAAGAAGAAGAAGAAGAAGAAGGAGGAGAAGAAGAGUCUCUGACCGACCAUGAGUCACGUGGACGUGAAGAACCUGAAGCCCUCGAGCUUUGAGGACGAGUACUACGACCAGUAUGAAUAUUACAACUUGACCGACAAGUACACAGAAGGCUCGGCCCGGAAGGGAAGGACGAAGAAGGAGGCGAGCGACAACACCAACCGACCGAACCCGUCCGGACAUGAGCGCAAGAUCGUGGAGAAGCUGCAGAACAGCGAGAAGAAAGACAAAGAGUGAAGCCUGAGGGCGACUCGGACGGCUCAUCCCGGACACCGACCUUGGCCUCCUUGGCGACAGAACGAGACGUGCGGACGGCGGGAGCGUCGUGGCGCUCCGAUGGGCAAAGUUCCACCUGGUUGUGAAGAGGAGCCCAAAGAUCCAGAUGUUCCAGCUGCAGUGAUCUUCCUCCUCGGCUGCGACGGGCGGCGGCUCCUCGGCCUUGAGGGGGGGCAGGGGGCACCUGGUCCCUGCUCGGACCCUGAUGUGGCCCUGUGACUGUGGCGGUUGAUUGAUUUCAAUGUGUUCAACAAGUUAAAUAAAAUAUUUAAAAAAAAAUUGA